AUGUAUCAAAGAGUUUAUGAUGGGAGCGACAAUGCCGACGCCCCUCUGACGGAAUUCGAUGGGUUGUCGGGACGAGGAGCAGCGGGAGGAGGGAGAGCGACAUGGCAAGAGAGGGUGAGCGAACGGAUACCCUCUCGAUUGAAAGACGCUUGGAGCAAGACGGUCGAGUGGGUUAAAGGACCCAAUCCGCCCCGAAUCUACAAAAUCACGCCUAUAUUCCCGAAUAUCCAGCACGCGCCCAUCGCAUUGCUGGAUCGCUACGCGCCGAAGCGGAGACAGAGAUUCUGGCUGCUCAUCCUGCUGUAUGCGAGCUGGCUCUUCGUCUUCUCGCUCAUGCUCUGGAAGAGCUCGUUCGCGGCGCAGAUCCCCGGGUAUGGCACGCCCGUGCGCCUGAGCUGCAGUGCGCGGUACUGGAACGACGGGAAUGGCUGUGGGUUGAACGGGGAUCAGUGCCGGCCGUUCACGAAUGCGACGUUGGCGUUUCGCUGUCCGGCGGAUUGUCAUAAGACGCUGCUGCAGAAUCCACAUGCGGUGGGGGAUCAGGAGGUUGUAUAUAAGCCGCUGGUGGUUGGGGGCCCGAUGGAAGAGGACAAGACGGGGUUUGAGGAGGAGUUGGUGGAGAAUGCGGUUUAUCGUGGGGAUAGUUUUGUCUGUGCGAGUGCGGUGCAUUCGGGGUUUAUUAAGGAUGUGGAAGGGGGUUGUGGUGUUUUGAGUCUGACGGGGGAGCAGGCGGAUUUGAAGGGGAGUAAGAGGCAUGGGAUUGAGAGUGUGGGCUUCGACAGCUAUUUCCCGCAUACGUUUGGGUUUCUGAAGGGGACCAGGGCGCAGUGUCAGGAUUUGCGGUGGCCGACGCUGGUCCCUUCGGUGUUCUUCACGGCGUUGCUGAGUCUUUGCACGACAGACCCAGGGGUCCAUUUCUGGAGUCUGUUCGUGGCACUGUUCUUCCACGUCGCGCUGGUAUCAGAUCCCCCAGCGAACACGACCUACUACGGCCUCCUGAGCAUCGCCUUCGGCCGCUUCCUCCCUGCGUGCUUCUGCGCGUGGGUCACGUACAAAUACACCGUCAAACGCUCCCUCACGAACCUCACCGCGCAAGUCGAGAAAACCAUCCUCUGGCUCGGCGCCGCCUGGGUCGGCUCCCUGAACAACUACACCUUCGACCGCAUCCCCAUCCAACGCCUCACGCCCCACGACAUCAAAGCCCAACCCGGCGCCGUCCCCGCCCUCGUGACCAUCAUCCUCGCCCUGAUCUUCAUCGCCCUCGGCCAGGCCUGGUCUUUCCGCGUCGAAGGCCGCAUGCCGCGCUACCUCGCCAUCUACGGCCUCUUCGUCCUCACCCUCCUCAUCAUGCUCAUAAUCCCCGGCUUGAACCUCCGCAUCCACCAUUACAUCCUGGGUUUACUCCUCAUCCCCGGCACGAGUUUCCAGAACCGCCCCAGUCUAAUCUAUCAAGGCCUCCUUCUAGGCCUCUUCAUCAACGGCGUCGCGCGGUGGGGAUUCGCGAGUAUCCUCGAGACGCCGGCGAGUUUGCUGAAGGGCGCGCAGCAGAACACCAUUUUCCCUGCGGUGGAAGUUUUGAAUAUCGGCGGAGUGCGAAACAUCACGUUUGAUAUGGGCUCUCUACCGGCCUACGAUGCGAAGAACGAGGUUUUGUAUGAUGGCAUCAGCGUCCUCGUCAACGACGUUGAGCGAUUCAGGGGGUAUGGUGAUGAUGGGGCUUAUUGGGACGACAACGAUGGCGAGGGACAGAGGUUUGAGUGGACUUGGAAUCGGCAUGUUCCGAAGAGAGGGCAGAGUGAAGAAGACGAGAGCGUGGAUGUUGGAGAAGGGACGGAGGAAGUUGGUGCAGAGAGGAAGAGAAUCCUGCCCGAGUAUUUUCGAUUCGGAUACAUGGCGGGGAGUCGAGUGGGGGAUUAUAGUAAGGCUGGGAGGUGGGAUGAGGAGGGACGGUGGAGGGAGAUGGAGAGUGGGCCGAGUUUGUAG